GCACCGGGACGUCAACCAUUGGUCGGUAGCGCACCACUCCCACGAGACCCUAUUGGUUACGUCCCACGUAAACACAAUACACGGUAACUCGCACAGAACUAGAAAAUUUCGAAUGCAAAAACUUAGGUGGUUCGCUUUUGGUAUAUUAUUUUUACUUGGAACUCCACGCGAUCCGUACGCACUUCAUUGCACCAGGGACACUCGGUUCUUAUCGUUCGUACCGUACCAGAAAGGUUCAUCGUCGUACAGUGUUGAUCGGGCCGAAGGAGCGACGCGAAUGCUUUAAGUUGUACGGUCAAUUUAACCCGGGUGUCCGCUUUUUAAAUUGCCCUUAAACGAAGUUUAUUUAAUAUAUAUAUUUGGUGCUCGUCCCAAUUCAGCCCAUCAAUUGUAGACAAUCAACAGAAAUUAACGGUCGCUCAACCCCCUCCGUCGCUAUUGCCGCCGACGCCACAGUUGUUGUUCAAUUAAAAAUUUUAAACUAAAUUUAAUAGCGAACUUAAUCGAUAUCGGAUUUCCGUGAUUUGUUCUUCAGCCUACUACCCUCUUUGCUAUGGACGAGGGUGCCUUUGACGAAUCCAUGAUGUUCAAUGAAUAUCAUCAACAUCACCAAAAAUCCAGCUCACCACCAAGUCACCAACAUGUCCAACCGCUGUUGAAUUUCCAACAAUCUGGUGAUCUAAUGGGAUACACGACAUCCGAACAUAUAACACAAGAAAUGCACGGCCACCAUCAGCACCAUCAAUUACAGGACAUGGACUUGCACCGUCAUCACCAUUUGCAAGAUCAUCACGUCCACCAAGAUAGACAGUUGCAAAUGGGUGAUCCACAAGAUCUUUUUCAACUACCCGUAGCCACGUCUACGGUACCAGUUCAAUCAACAGACGGAACUAAUAGUAAUGGACAGAAACAUAUUAAAUUGGAAAUGGAUUCUAACUCUUUGCCUAACGUAGGCCAACAAACUUCAGGUCUACAAACAGAACAACCGACGGCUCCAAAAAAGUCUAGUUCGAAAUCGAAGAACACGGAUAAUAAUGGUACUAAAAAGAAAAAAACUAGAACUACGUUUACAUCUCAUCAAUUGGAAGAAUUAGAGAGAGCUUUUGAGAGAGCUCCAUAUCCUGAUGUAUUCGCCAGAGAGGAGUUGGCUUUGAACCUGAAACUCAGCGAAUCUCGCGUACAAGUUUGGUUUCAAAAUCGACGAGCCAAGUGGCGAAAGAGAGAACCGCCCAGGAAAACUGUCUAUUUGACAAAUUCUGUUUUCCCUUCCGGAUCGCCAGGUUCUUCGGUAAGCUCAACUUCUUUUACCACUCUAACAACUUUUGGCGGUAACGUAUCUCCUUCGAUGGGCACAUGUUCACCAGUUACUUUAACCGGAUCUGAACCAUGGGGAUAUGGUUCCGGUUAUGGUGACUUGACUCAUUUAAAUUUGCUUAACAACAAUACUGUACCAUUUGCACAAAACACUUUUCAUAAUGCCAACGGAUUUGGUAGUGGAUCGUACGUCCAACAGCCGCAAGAUAGCCCGGGUUUGUUUUCGGCCGGUAUGCAAUGCUUAGCUCGGUCCGACUUGAUGGGUUCGCUACAAGAUCAAUCACCGCCUGAUCGUGAUUACCAUGGACACCACCAACUCAACAAACACGUGGUCGAGUCAUACGUAAUGAGUCAAGACAUGGUGGGUCUUCUUCAGCAGGACGCCAACGAAUGCGCCGAUAUUGUAGGUGCUAUGGGAUAUGACGUUGAACAGCAACAACAACAGCAGCAGCAGCAGUCCAGGGUACAAGACGACCAAGAGUGUCGUGGGGAAGAAGAAUCCGGCGUUGUCAAAGUAGAGCCCCCGUUUACACCUUUGCCGCCGUUUAUCAACUGACACAGGCGGUUUCAGUUUGACACGUACGAGUAUCAAACUGAAUUCGACUGAAAAAACUCGUGUGUCCAGACGUCUUGUUUAUUUGUAAAAUUAUGAACAUAAGUAUUGAACUAUUGUUUUAUUCAUAUUAGCCAUAGUAUUGGCUAUCAAAUAUUUCAAUUGGCAAAAAGGGUCAUUAAAAGUCUGUAUUUUAAGUAAAGUUAUGAUCAUCUAUAAUUUAGAAUUAAAUAAAUAGUUCAUUAAGAUACAAGUUAAAGUGGUUUUUGGUAUAUUUUAUAUUAUUAUUUGUACUAUUUGUUGUAAAUACAUAGUUAAUUUUUUUUUUUUUACUUAGACAUUUUUUUUGUACUAAUAUUUGAAGUGCUUGAAUACAUUAAGUACUAUUAUAAAUUAUAAUUCUAAAAUAAAGUAUCUUUUUAAUGUUAAUAAUAAUCUAUAAUAUUUAUAAAAAAUGAUAGAAUUUCAUGAACUUUAUCAAAAUGAAAAAUAAUAUUUUUUUACAUUUUUCAUAUACCAAAUACUUCUGGUUUGUGUAGCAGAUAAAUAAGUCAAAUGCUGACAUUGAAAGUACGUUUUUAUACAUAAUUUAAUUAAUAAUUUUAUUACUAAUGAAUAAAAUAUCAUAGAAAUAAUUGUAUUUUUAAUGUGCAAAUGUUAUUUUAUUUACAAUAAUUUGUUAUAUAAGUUAUACUAUUUACUAAAUCAACAAAAUUACAAAGCUCUUCCAUAUUUAGUAUUAAAUUUUUGUAAUGUGUAAUUUUUUUUAAGAAUUAUAAAACAAAUAGGUUUUCUUGUGAUGUAAUUUAUACACUUAGUUUGCGAAAUCAUUCAAAUCGUGCCUUAUUAUAAUAUUACAGAGAAGACGAGUCGUUAUUGAAACAAUUUCUAACGCCAAGUCAUUGUAAUAUUUUUAUUUGUAUAUACGUUAUUAUUUUAUAAUUUAUAAACAUUUUAAAAACAAAUUUAAUAAAUU